AUGUCAACACCAAUCGCAAAGGAAUUAACAAUUGAAGGAAAAGAGAAAGAUGGAGAAUAUAGUCAAACUAGUGAUAAAACUGAAUUCGUUUAUACUAUAUUCGAAUCAAAGGAAAAGUUCAUGUUGAUAAUUGUUCUUUCAUUGGUUGGUUUUUGGAGUACAGUUUCUAGUCCGAUAUAUUUUCCAGCUUUGCCAGUAUUGACUGCUUAUUUUGACACUACACCUUCAGUAAUGAACUUAUCAGUUGUUGCGUAUUUAAUAUUUCAAGGUAUUGCACCCACAUUUUCAUCAAAUUUGGCUGAUUCAAUUGGUAGAAGACCGAUAAUAUUAGCUAGUAUAUUGAUUUUUGUUGCUGCAUGUAUUGCACUUUCUCAAACUAAUGUUUAUUGGCUUUUGGCUGUAUUACGUUGUAUUCAAGCUGCUGGAAUUGCUCCAGUAAUAGCUAUUAGUUCUGGAGUUGCAGGCGAUGUUUGCACUCCUUCAAAUCGUGGUGGUUUUGUUGGUCAAGUUGCUGGUUUACAAUUAAUAGGUAAUGGAUUUGGACCUUUAAUAGGAGCAGCAUUAAUGAGUUCAUUUCAAACGUGGAGAUCAAUAUUUAUAUUUCUAGCUAUUGGAGGUGGUGUUACAUUUAUUUUAGCUUUUAUAUUUUUAGCAGAAACUUCAAGAAGAAUUGUUGGAAAUGGAACUAUAAAACCAAAAAAUCUACUAAAUAGAGCUGUGCUAAUUUAUUUUCCUUUUUUUAAAAAGAAGAUGUCAAAUGAUGUAUCCACAAUUGUUUCAAAGCGUAAAUUCGAUUUAUUUGGGCCAUUCAAAAUAUUUUUUAGAAAAAAAGUGUUUUUAAUUUUACUUCCGCUGGGUUUACAUUUUGCAACUUGGACAAUGUCUUUAACAUUAUUAUCAACAGAAUUAGAAUCUUCCAAAUAUAAUUAUAGUAUCAUGCACGUUGGUUUAAUGUACUUGCCUCAAGGUAUUGCAUGUUUCGUUGGUUCAAUGGCGAUUGGUAAAAGUUUGAAUUGGUAUUAUAAGUAUCGAAAGAAUUUAUAUGACACAUCUGUUGAAAAGCUACCUUUAUUAGAUCGUCCAGCUUUUAAUUUGGUGACAACCAGACUAACUUUGAGUAUUGUACCUGCUUUUUUAAUGAUUACAGGAUUGUUAAUCUUUGGUUGGUGUUUGCAAUAUCAACAACAUAUUGUUUCAAUUAUUAUUUCAACAGUAUGCAUCUCACUUUCCGCAUCAUUAAUGUUAUCAAUAUGUACUACGUUAUUAGUUGAUCUUUAUCCUAACCAAGGUAGUGCCUCUGCCAGCUGUUUGAAUUUGAUGAGAUGUUUAAUUGCAGCUGUCGGAACUGGUGUUUUGGAUAAAAUGAUAGCAAAAUUAAAUUUGGGUGGUACUUAUAGUUUAUUAGCUGGUUUAUGUUUAAUAACUGAUUUAAAUUUAAUUUAUGUUUUACAUUUAGAAACAAAACGAUUGAGAAAAGAUCAUCAUCAGAAACUAAAUCAAAAUGUGAAAUCAUCGGACGUAGAUUAA